CUCUAUCUGUCUCUCACAUACGCCACUCUCCUCCCUCGCCACUUUCUCCAUCCAAGAAGCUAUCUUUGCCUCCCCAGCUUUACUCUACAAGCAUGUCCUCAGACUUGCAGCCGUGUGAUGAAGCGAACCAACUGACUUCCAGAGAGCACCGGAUGAAGGAAACCCGCUGCACGAGUAGCAGAAAAGCCUGAGAGCAGGGGCACCCCAAGUUGACCCCAUCCGGAGACUUCUUCCUGGGCUGAACACAAUGGAGACUGUUUGACAGUGGAAGUGGAGGUUUACUGUACAGUAGCUCAGCUGGAGUUCCUCACCCCUUCAUGACAUGCAGUGAGCCGAUGCCACCAGCAGGUGCAAAGGCGAUUCAACGCCUGAACUCCAACUGAAUAGAAGAACAUCCCCAAGACCAGAUGCAAUGGAGAUGUUCAAUUUCACCAACUUCACCUACUGGAAUGCCUCAGAAGGCAAUGACGCAGGGCCUGUCAUUGAACCAGAAAGCCCAUACAAGACUGUGGAGGUGGUGUUCAUCGUAUUGGUGGCUGGGUCCCUCAGCCUGGUCACCGUUAUUGGAAAUAUCCUGGUCAUGCUUUCCAUUAAGGUCAAUAGGAACCUACAGACUGUCAACAACUACUUUUUAUUCAGCCUUGCAUGUGCUGACCUAAUCAUCGGGCUGUGUUCCAUGAACUUGUAUACAGUAUACAUAGUGAUUGGCUACUGGCCCUUAGGGCCUGUGGUGUGUGAUCUGUGGCUAGCCUUGGACUAUGUAGUGAGUAACGCAUCUGUCAUGAACCUACUCAUCAUCAGUUUUGACAGAUACUUCUGUGUCACAAAGCCCCUCAGCUACCCUGUCAAAAGGACCACCAAGAUGGCAGGGAUGAUGAUUGCUGCUGCCUGGGUCCUGUCCUUCAUUCUGUGGGCCCCGGCCAUCCUUUUCUGGCAGUUCAUCGUGGGCGGGCGGACAGUGCCUGAAAGAGAGUGUUACAUUCAGUUCUUCUCUAAUGCAGCAGUCACCUUCGGCACGGCCAUCGCAGCCUUCUACCUGCCCGUUAUCAUCAUGGUCAUUCUCUACAUACAGAUCUCUAUAGCCAGUAAAAGCCGGGUGAAGAAAGAGACCAGGAAGCCGUCAGGGCCCAACCCAGAGGCCGUGUCCCACGAGCAGGCAAGGGCCAGUAAUACUGCCAAGCCCAUCAACAACAACCUGACAGCAGAGGACACAGAGCAGGGCACGACCCAAGCCACAGAUGACGUGGCGAACCAGCACGAAGGUAAACUGCAGAACGGCAAGGGCCCGUCCACCACGGGUGGAGAGGGGGAGAUGGAGGGUGAAGAUGGGGGAAGGGAUAACUGUGCCCACGGAGAGGAGAAAGAGAGCUCCAACGACUCGACAUCUGGCAGUGCAGCGGCGUCCAACCACAAAGAAGAAGAAGCGGUGCCAUCCAGAGCAAACUGCAACACCGAGCUCGUUCAGCAACCAACCCGCCACCGGGCCAAGGCAGGCGGCUCCAAACUCACCUGCAUCAAGAUUAAGACCAAGUCUCCCAAGGGGGACUGCUACACGCCCUCCAACGCCACGGUGGAGAUCGUCCCCGGCACGGAGAAGCAGAACCAUGUGGCGCGGAAAAUCGUGAAGAUGACCAAGCAGCCGCCCAAGAAGAAGAAAGCACCACAGUCUCGGGAGAAGAAGGUGACCCGUACCAUCAUGGCCAUCCUGGUGGCCUUUGUGGCCACCUGGACACCUUACAAUGUCAUGGUGCUCAUCAACACCUUCUGCUCCAGCUGCAUCCCCAGCACAGUCUGGACUAUCGGCUACUGGCUGUGCUACAUCAACAGCACCAUCAACCCCGCCUGCUAUGCCCUCUGCAAUGUCACUUUCAAAAAGACAUUCAAACAUCUCCUACUCUGCCAAUACAAAAACAUUAGGUCAGCUAGAUGAAUAUAGAUGCGAGUGUGCGUGUGUGUGCGUGUGUGUGUGCGUGUGUGUGCGUGUGUGUGCGUGUGUGUGUGUG